CACGCCUCAGUUUGCUCGUCGCUCGCAGUGUACACGCACGCGCAGCGCGCUCUUAUUAUUUUGCUUCUGUGUUAUAAAGUGGUCAAUAUGGUGAAGUUCGAAGGAGAUUUCAGUAUAAACGCGAUUCUGAUGAAUCACGCAGAGAGCAAGGCCCCGGCGUCGCCCAGCGCCUCGUCCGCCGGCGCGCCCUCCGAGCCCUCCGAGCCGGAGUGCGAGGCCAGCGACUGCGAGCUGGACGUGACCGGCACGGAGACCCCCGCGUCCCCCGCGCCCGCCCCCGGCAAGCACGACAAGCCCGCCUACAGCUACAACGCGCUCAUCAUGAUGGCCAUCCGCAACAGCCCCGAGAAGAGACUCACGCUCAACGGCAUCUACGAGUACAUCAUGACCAACUUCCCCUACUACCGCGAGAACCGCCAGGGCUGGCAGAACUCCAUCCGCCACAACCUGAGCCUCAACAAGUGCUUCGUGAAGGUGCCGCGCCACUACGACGACCCCGGCAAGGGCAACUACUGGAUGCUGGACGCCAGCGCCGAGGACGUGUUCAUCGGCGGCACGACGGGCAAGCUGCGGCGCCGGUCCGCGCUGGGCGGCCGCGCGCGCCUCGCGUGCUACAAGCGGCCGCUGCUGCCCGCCUACCCGCCCGGCUACUCGCAGCUCGUGGGGCUCUACUCGCAGCUGCUGUACCAGCGGUACGCGCCCAUGCAGCUGAAGCCCGCGCUGCACCCCGCGCUCCGCGGCGACGCGCUGCCGUACGGCGCGCUGCCCUACCCGCCCGCGCUGUACGAGCGCCUGCCCGGGCCCUUCCUGCAGCAGACCCCGCUGCUGCCCGUGUCGCCGCCGGCACUGCCCGCGUCGCCGCCCACCUCCGGCGCCUCCAGCCCCGAGCUGCCCCCGCACCCGCGCUCGCCGCACAUCUACAAGCCGGUGCCGGUGCUGUCGCGGCACUGAUCGCCCCCGCCCCCGGCCCCCGGGCCCCCGACAUAUCUGUGAUCUAGUUUAUACCUAGCGUGCUAAGGACCAGUGGCUGUAGAUGAGGUAAUCGGCUUAGUGUUGUAUUCUCGCACCGACAUUGUCUGCAAUAUUAGUAAACUGCAUUGCUGCUCUAUGUAUGUAGGUACCUCACCUAGCAUUCCGAUGUUUACCGAAUAAGUUAUUAGUGAAUUGUAUAGCUGUUUAAAGUAUUGAGAGAUGUGUAUAUUUAUUGAAAUAGUAUUAAGUUAGGCUUAAGAUAAAGAGUUAUAAUGAAUAAAUGAAGAGUAUUGUUCCAAACAUA